AUGAGUGUAAUUUUGGACAUUAAGGUGUUGCGAGUGUAUAGAAAUGAUGUUGGAAAGAGGGAUAUCAAAAAUCAUAAUUACUUUGAAUCUAGUGAUUUCAAUGAUUUCAAUGAAAUUGGUAGAGAAAAGAUUGCAUGCAAAAAUUUUACAAGGCCUGAAGAUAAAAUAUUAGUCAAUGAGAUAAAACAACACAUUACAGUUAAUGAUCAUGAAAACAUUGUCAAAUUCUUAGGAAUUACAGCAUGUAAGAUAUAUUAA